AUGGCCUCCGCCCUGGAUCAUUCCCCCCCGGCGCAUUCGCCGCCUGGGCCCGAUACGAAGCGACCAAGAGGCAUUCUCAAGAACCCCUCGCAAACCAACACCGCAACCGUUGCCUCUGUUUCAAGCCCCACCCGCGAGACUCCCAAGGGCCGUGAGCGGGCCAUGUCCAGCAAGGAAAUCACUAUUGAGAACACGGCGAUCAACGCCGGCCACCGCCGCUCUUCCUCCGCCGCUCGCCGCCCAUCCCGCCGACUCUCGUCCCAGAGCGGCUCUGGCGAGCCGCCUGUCGACGGCCAGCGCCUCAAGUGGGAUGAGGCGAACCUGUACCUCACGGAGCAGGAGCGCAGCUCGACCAUGAAGAUCACGGAGCCCAAGACGCCCUAUGCUAAGCACUACGACCCGGCCGAAGACCCGUCCGACGAGGACGAGGCGAUCGAGGAAGUGGAGGGUCUUCGUCGUCAGCGUAAAGGUCCAGGUGCAGCUGUGGAGGACGACAUUCCGGGUCUAUCGCUGGGUGAGCCGGAAGAGGAGAUCCCGGAGGCAACGAGCUCGCCGUCGUCCAAUAAGACGGUCCAUGUGGAUGAGGAAAGCGUCACCUCCGAGCACCCGGACCUGGUGGGACUUUCGCCCGAGGAACGCGAGAAGCACCGCCAGUUCGAGCAGGCGCGGAAGAAGCAUUAUGAGAUGAGGGACGUGGCCCAGCUGCUGGGCCACUCGGAGGAGAUGCUCGACGACGAGGACGACGAGGACGAGGAGAUCCCGCCCAUGCCCAAGAUACCCAACGGCCUUAAGUAG